CUCUGAUCCAAAUUUUUGUAAUUUACUGGUCCAGCUCUAAUUAAUUAGUGCAAUUAAUUAUUAAUUGACUCUAUUAUAAGUAGGUUGUAAAUAAUUGGAAGCAAAUAGAGUCAACUAACCUUUUUAAAAUUUGUAGUGUUGUGAGCCCAACGGUCACUAAGCAAGAACAAAGCAAAAACAAGUGAAGCUGAGUUUGAAUCAAAAAAUUUGCAGACACCAAAAAUUCUGCUAUGUCUGAUGAUGGAGGCCCAGAAAAAAGGGUUGAGCUUGAAGCAGAAGAUGAAAAGCGAGAAGAGAAGCCCGCUUCUGAAUCUCAGCGCCGUUCAAUUUCAUAAAUCCAACACUAAAAUUGCCUCAAACUCAUCUUCUGCUGCUGCCCCUGCAUCAGCUGAACCUCGAAAUUUGAGAUUUUUAAUUUCUUCAAACUCAUCUUCUGAUGCUUCAUCUUCUUCGAGGGCUCGGUUGGGGAGAAAGCCCAGAUCUUUGCCCAAAUCAGGAAGCAAUUUCUCUGCGAAAUCGGUCAGAUCCAAAGAGAAUGAGCUGCCAAGGAAACCCUAUUCCGAGAAGCCGAAGAAGAAGACAGAUUCCAUUUCUAAAGCAGCUCAAACGUCGAAGAUUUCUUGUGGUCGGGGGAAUUCAGUGAAGGUUUUGAAGAAGAAUCUUGAAAAAUUGGGGGAAACACCACUAUUCAAGAGCUCAACUCCAGUUGUCAGCUCGGGUGUUCGAAGAAAUGCCGCAGAGGAGUCCAAUGGUGGCAAUGGCAGUGCUGCUUCUGCGAAAACUCCACCGGUUGAGGUUUCAGUCUCCCCUGAAAUCCAAUCGAAAAUGGUGGUUUCGAAAUCAGCUGCAACUCCGGUUUGUUACGGUGCAGGCCACCUUCUAUCUGGGGUGACUGAUAAGAGGAAAUGCAGGCGAAGAGGGAGUUUGAGAGGAGGUUUUGAGAAGGUGAAUCUCUUUGAUGAUGAAGAGAAUGAUAAGAAGGUGGUUGAUGAUUUGCAGGAUCCUUUGAUUCCUUUGCCUAGUGAGGCCUCGGUGCGCUGGCUGCUCUCUCCGUGCAACGAGGGGGGCGAGGAUCGUGGAAGUGAUUUGGAGAUUAAUAAGGUAGAAGAGUGUGAGAUGAGUUGUGGUAAUGCUUCUCUUGCUCUUGAUUUAAUGUCUUCGCCUUCAACAUUAUGCGAGUUAGGAUGUCUAGACAGUGACUUUAGAGGCAGUGGUAGUGUAGAUGGUGCAGAAAAUCUGGGGAAAGUUGGGAUCUUUAUGCUUUCUCGUCAAGAAAAUUCGUAUUUCUUGGAAAAUUCAGACGAGAAAAUGCGUGAUCCUUUGUCAGCUGCUACUCCCAAUUCAGUUUCUAACUUUCUUAGUGUCAGUUUAGGAGAGGGGGAUAGCUCAGCAGUCUCUUUGAGCAGUGGAAAUAUCAUUCAGACACCGAGCUCUGAGUGCAGCUCGUACGAGUGUAUUAGAAGGUCGAAUGUGGAGGAAUAUCAGAGAAGUUUUGUCCAGUUUGAGCUUGAUUCAGUAACAGAAACUCUAGAUUCAGUGAGGUUGGAUUCAUCUUCUCGUUCAUCUGUCCCCGUUCAGCUCGAGAAAAAUGUGGAUAGUGUUUGUUCUUGGGAGUCCAGUUCAACAUUAGAGAACUUGACACUAUCCCAGAUGAGGAUAUCAUGGAGAGAUGGACUAGAGUGGUGCAGAAUUGACGAGCGUGAUGAAUUUGAUUGCUGCCCCUGUCUGUCGGAUGAAGAGAUUGAUGCUUUUGGGUGUUCGGAUCAGCAGCUCAAGCCAAGAAGAGACGAAGAAAAAAACCAUAGAGAGAAAGAUCCGUGUAUGGAUAAGGACGUUUCACCCAUUCUUCUUGAAUACGAACCUUGCAUCCGUGCAGCGCCUAAGGAGAAAGCAGCUGGAGAUGGACCAGAUGCAUGUGCUGAGUCGAUAUGCACCAAUGGGGGCGACUUGGCCGUGUCUUGUGAUUCGGAUUGGGCGGAUAUCCGGGAGAAUCGCUCGUUUCAUGUCAAGUAGUCACAACUACAAGACAUGAGCCAAGAGCACCCUAAAAUCGAUGUUUUCUUCAAGGCAGCGAACAGCAGCUAGACGCGAUGCUGAUGAACGAAGCCUCAAUACGUUGCAUACGUCUCACUUCGUUGAACUUUCCACUUCAAAGAUAGAACUGCGCCUUGAAGGUAUCAUCGCCUUCUUUUUACCAUCGUUUAACUUAAAAUUCCAACAUUUAUCAGCAAAUUAUGUAGCAGAAUUUGCUGAUAUUUGAGUCAUGUGCUUGUUGAGGAAGAAGAGAAUAUUAAGCUUUGAACUUGUUGGAGCAAAUUGCCCUUAUCAACUUCACUUCUCUGAUAUGCAAAUGUGAUCUUGAAAUA